CAGGGUCAAGAUAGAUUGGGCUGGGUCCCCUGCACCCAGCCUUUUGUCUAUGAAGAGUGACCAUUCAAUGCGUUAUCCAAUUAACUUCAGAGGAGAGUUCACAGGUGAUCAAAGGUGUCCUGAGACAGGGGGCGCUGUUUCUAAAAUUAGUUCCUCAGAGGAGACCGAGACUGAUGAUGGAACCCAUGGCCCUGCGAGAAAGAGGGUUCGGGUAGAGAGGGCUGGGUCACCUGUACCCAGCUGUCUGUCUAUGAAGAGUGACCGUUCAAUGAAUCAUCCAUUCAACUUAAGAGGAGAGGUCACCGGUGAUCAAAGGGUUCGGGUAGAGAGGGCUGGGUCACCUGUACCCAGCUGUCUGUCUAUGAAGAGUGACCGUUCAAUGAAUCAUCCAUUCAACUUAAGAGGAGAGGUCACCGGUGAUCAAAGGGUUCAGGUAGAGAGGGCUGGGUCACCUGUACCCAGCUGUCUGUCUAUGAAGAGUGAUCGUUCAAUGAAUCAUCCAUUCAACUUCAGAGGAGAGGUCACCGGUGAUCAAAGGAUUCACUGCUCACUGGAUUUAAGUCGUUCAGAAGAGAAGAGUUCAGAGAUACUGUCCUCCUCAACACAAUCUCUCCUGCGCACUCUGAUGAAGCUGAAGAAGACUGAAAAGUUGAAACUGUUUCAGAGCCAUCUGAGUCAGGGUUGCCCAGAAUGCCUUAAUAGUAGAAGAACAGAAGAUCCUUCUGUACUGGAUCCGUUUAUGAAGAUGAAGGAAUUGUUCAAGAGUCAUCAAAUUGCUGAUUACCCAGAAUGCACUGAGAGAGAGCAGGAGGAUCCUGAGGCCCUGUACAUAGUUGAGAAGAUGCUGGAGACCUGUGGCAUUGAGGGGUCUCUGAAGAUCACACUCCAUAUCCUGAGGAACAUGAAGAAGAAGGAUGUCACUGACCCACUGGAGAGAGACAAGCAGCACAAUGAAUUCAAAGAAAGAGCCCAGCAGGCACUGAAAACUCAUCUGAAGAAGAGGUUUGAAUGCAUAUUUGAAGGUUUAGCAAAGCAGGGCCACCAGACCCUCCUCAAUGAGAUCUAUACAGAGCUCUACAUCACAGAGGGGGGAAGUAGGGGGGUCAAUGAUGAACAUGAGAUCAGACAGAUUGAGAUAGCAUCGAAGAGACAAACCACACAUGAGACUGCAAUCAUCUGCAAUGACAUCUUUAAGCCUUCACCUGGACAAGAGAAACCAAUCAGAACUGUGCUUACAAAGGGCAUCGCUGGCAUUGGGAAAACCGUCUCUGUGCAGAAGUUCAUUCUGGACUGGGCAGAUGGAAAAGCCAAUCAGGACAUUGAUUUCAUCUUCACUCUUCCUUUCCGAGAUCUGAAUCUGAAAAAGGAGAGAGAAUUUAGUCUCAUGGAACUUCUGCAGCAAUACUUUCCACAACUGAAAGAGAUAAAAAGUUUUGAAGAUGAUGAAGUCAAAGUUGUGUUCAUCUUUGAUGGUCUGGAUGAGUGUCGACUUCCUCUAGAUUUCCAAAGCAAUGAGAUUUGCUGUGAUAUAACAGAGUCAUCAUCAUUGGAUGUGCUGCUGACCAACCUCAUUAAGGGGAAUCUGCUUCCCUCUGCCCUCCUCUGGAUCACCUCCCGACCAGCAGCAGCCAAUCAGAUCCCUCCUGAGUGCGUCCACCAGGUGACAGAGGUACGAGGAUUCAAUGACCCACAGAAGGAGGAGUACUUCAGGAAGAGAAUCAGAGAUCGGAACAAGGCCAGCAAAAUUAUCUCACACAUAAAGUCAUCCAGGAGUCUCUACAUCAUGUGUCACAUACCAGUCUUCUGCUGGAUUUCUGCUACUGUUUUGGAGACAAUGUUGGAUAAAGUGAGUGGAGACCUGCCCAAAACUCUGACUGAAAUGUACACACACUUCCUGCUCAUUCAGACUAAUGUGAAGAAUGAGAAGUAUCAUGGCACCAAUGAGACAACCCCAAAGAAAAUGUCAGCAUCAAAUACAGAAAUCAUCCUGAAACUGGGGCAGCUGGCUUUACUACAGCUGUUAAAGGGCAAUCUGAUAUUCUAUGAAGAGGAGCUGAGAGAGAUGGGCAUUGAUGUCAGUGAAGCUUCAGUGUACUCUGGGGUGUGCACAGAGAUCUUUAAAGAGGAGUGUGGGUUGGGUGAGGUGAAGGUCUACUGCUUUGUGCAUCUGAGCAUUCAGGAGUAUCUGGCUGCCUUGUUUGUAUUUCAUUCAUGUGUGAAUGAGAACAGAAAUGUACUCAGAGCAGAAGAAUCAAAACCUCGCAGUGACAGAGUGCAGCUGUCUGAGUUACACAGGACUGCAGUGGAUCAGGCCUUAGAGAGUAAGAAUGGACACCUGGACCUUUUCCUCAGAUUCCUUCUAGGCCUCUCUCUGGACUCCAUUCAGACUCUAUUAGGAGGAAUACUGACACAGACAGGAAGCAGAUCACCUGUACCAGAUCCACAGACACAGACAGGAAGCAGAUCAGAGAGCAUUGAGAAAACAGUAUUGUACAUAAAGGAGAGGAUCAAAAAAGAAUCUUCAGCAGAGAGGACCAUAAAUCUGUUCCACUGUCUCAAUGAACUGAAUGACAACUCUCUAGUGGAGGAAAUCAAGAAUUUCCAGAGAUCAGGAAAACUCUCUAAUGAAAAGCUGAAACCACACCAAUGUUCAGCCCUGGCCUUUAUGUUACUGAUGUCAGAGGAGAUCCUAGAUGAGUUUGACUUGAAGACCUACAAAACAUCAGCAGCAGGUUAUCAGAGACUGCUACCAGUAGUCGGGAACUGCAGGAAGGCCAUUGAUGAAAAGCAAUCCUGAACCAAGAUAGUGCCUGUCCAAGGAGGCCUGCAAGAUUUUCAAGUCUAUCCAGAGGGAUGAGGUGAUCAACUGUGUCAAAUACUGCACUUAAGUCUAAAAGCACAAGUAGAGAGAUGCAGCCAUGGUCGGAAGCGAGGAGUAGGUCAUUGAGUACUUUGACCAGGGCUGUUUCACUGCUGUGAGAGGGUCCAAAACCAGAUUGAAAAACUUCCAAUAUAUGAUUUGAGUGCAAAAAUGAACCAAGUUGUUUUGAAAUGGCCUUUUCUAGUAUUUUAGAAAGGAACGGGAGGUUCGAGAUAGGCCUGUAGUUAGGUCAUUCACAUCGAAGUUUGGCUUCUUAAAAAGGGGUUUGAUGGCUGCAAGUUUAAGAGUCUGUGGUAUGUGUCCAGAUGCUAAAGACACAUUGACAAUAUGUAACAUUGGUGUUCCAGUCACUGGUAAUAGCUCCUUGAAAAGCUUCAUAGGGAUAGGGUCUAGAAGACAAGUAGAAGAUUUUGAGGAAUUAACUAUGGCAUUAAACUCCAUGAGAUCUAUUGGAGCAAAAGAGUUCAGAUAGGCCGCCUGUCUUUCUGAAGAUUCUGCAUCCAUGCGUUGAGCGGAUGGAAGGGCAGACCCUAUAUGAGGGGUGGUAGGAGAACUUUGAAUCUUGCCCCUGAUUUUUUAUAAUUUUGUCAUCAAAGAAAUUCAUGAAGUCAUUGCUACUAAAUGAUAUUGAGGCACAUGGAUCAACUUGAUUCUUGGUCAGCCUGGCAACAGUGUUAAACAGGUGCCUAGGAUUGUUUCUAUUUUCAUCUAUUAAAGUAGAGAAGUAUGAGGAACGUGCUGUGGAGAGGGCAUGUUUAUAAGUUAGUAGACUGUCUUUCCAGUCCUGGAGGAAUACCUGCAAUUUAGUAGAACGCCAUUUGCGCUCAAGUUGGCGUGAAGCUUGUUUGAGAGCAGGAGUAUGGUUCUUGUACCAGGGUGCUAAUUUCUUAUAG